AUGACAAAUGAACGGCAAGCAACACGACGCUCCCAACUUUCCCAGCAGGAUCAAGACAGCGAGCGUCAAAUAAACACUGAAGCCCGAGCUCUUCGUCGCUCCCAGCAGACCGAGGACGAACGUAAGGAGGAGCGUGACGCGAAUGCUGUGGUUCAGGCUACGCUACGCUCCCAGCAGACUGACGACGAGCGUCGCGUAGAGCGUGACGCCGACCGAGAACGUCAUACCAAUGCUAGGGAACAGCAGUCCGAUGAGAGCCGCGACGCGCAGCGAGAACGUGACCGAGAGCGGCAAGCGGUUAGAAGGGUGCUCCAAACGGAGAAAGAACGUGAAGAAGAACGCGAGCGUGUUCGUGAACGCCGUCAAACCACCCGCAACCGUGACGCACUUGCGAACCACGAAGACUUCCGCCCGUCAAUGGUCACGGGUCCGGAUGUAAAUGAAGAGACCAGACGUCACAGGCUUCUUCCUACUACGGUGUGUGCCAACUGCAACGCGUGGAAGUGGCCUGGUGAAAGCAAGAAUUCACCAACUUGA